ACGCAGUUAAGGUUAAAAUGUUCUUUCAGUUACAACUGCUCACUUCGCAUCUUUCCUGCGGCCGAGAGCACAUAAUAUUUAUAGCUCCAUGAUACAACGCACACUGACGGUGCGAUAUCCCGCCAAAGAUAGAAUUAUUGGUCUACACAACCGAUACAAGGUGUGAAAAAUAUGACAGACUCUGGCUCCGUAGAGGUAAAACAACCUCCCGCCAGCAACAACGGCCAGCAAUGGAUGGCCAUGCCCCAACUCAAUGGUGGUGCAUCAGGGGUGCCACCGGGCCUGGAGUAUCUAGCUCAGAUAGAUCAACUCGUCAUACAUCAACAGAUUGAACUCUUUGAGGCAUUGAGUGGUAUCGAGUGCAAGAACCGCUACGUCAUAAAGAAUACACUGGGCCAGCAGGUGUAUUACGCCUAUGAAGAGUCGAGUUUCUGCCACCGCUGUUGGUGCGGCGCAGGUCGAGGGUUUGUCAUGCAUAUUGUGGACAACCAGUACCAGGAAGUUAUGCGAUUGGUUCGUCCGUUCAAGUGUUGUGCUGGUUGUUGUUGGUGUGCAGACGCAGCUUGCUGCUCCUACGAGAUCAAUAUCGAGUCACCACCGGGACAAGUCAUUGGAAGCGUCCGGCAAAUAGGAAGUAAGUGGAAACCUAUGUAUGAAAUCCUGGAUGAUAGCAGAGCUACGGUGCUUAGGAUUGGCGGACCAUGCUGCCCUUGUCAGACAAUCUGCUGCACUGCUGAUGUGGACUUUAAGAUAAAGGGAAGUGAUGGAGUAACUGAUGUAGGCAAGGUGUCCAAGCAAUGGGGUGGAUUCUUCCGCGAGGUUAUCACUCAGGCAGAUAAUUUCAGUUGCACAUUUCCAAUGGACAUGGAUGUUCGAAUGAAAGCAACUCUUUUGGGUGCUUCGUUUCUUAUCGACUACAUGUAUUUCGAGAAGGAAAACAACAACUAACCGAAGACUUCCAUGACAUCAGCCGCCCAUGGACGAAAACUUCACAAAAGAGAACAGAAGAAGUAGGCGUAGCUAUACGGUUUAACAUAGGCCCUUAACAGUCUUACAAAAUGUUCUUAAGAUCAUUGUCAUCUCACACACAACACUUGGGAAAUCGUUUCUCAUCUCUGGACCGAAGUUGAUUGUGUCUAACGAUCAUAUUGAUUUCCCAAUAAUUUUGGCAUGCACUUUUGUCAGGUUAACGUUGCACAUAUUGGUGUUACGCAUCAUUCACGUGUUUGUGUGUUAUAAUAUCUGAUUUCAUUGAGUUGGCAUUUCCCUUAAUUAACUUGGUUCAAUUUCGAUUAAUAUUUUUAGAGAUUUAUUCGAUUUUCAGAUCAAAAAUUUGAAAUUAUAUAUGCACAAUUCAAAAAUAAGAAUUUCAUUUUGAAAAGACUAUACAGUUGUUGCUUUUGUGUUACCUGUAAGAGUACUUACUUAUAAAAAAAAAACAAGGUGAUAUAUGUCCGAAUUCGAAGGUACGGCAGCCAUCACUUCUUAUACAGUCAAAUUUAGUUCAAAAGUCAUGAUUCCGUAUACCGUGAUUGUACAAGUAUGUUUUCCGUUUUUCAUAAAUACAUUUGGACUUUUGGAAGGCAAACCAAAUUACCGAUGAUCCAUCCCUGUGCACUGAUUAUAAAGAGAAGUGUAGCCUUGCUAUAUAACACAUAAUCAUUUCCGUUGAUGUAGUACCGGUAGGACAGGUUUUAGUUUUAAAUUUAAGGGGGGGGGGGCUAUAAUUAAAGAAUGCAUUGUACUCAAAAGUGGGCUAAUGCGGUUCUUUUUUCGUCUAUCACUUUAAUUGUCGGGUUAUUUUUAAAUUCUUUUUUUUCUUUUGCAUUCAUUUUAUUAGCUGUUGGCCCAAUAUGUAUUCCAAAUAGAAACAGACCCCUCCGACCGAGUAGACACCUUGCAACUUACUGUGAUUAUGAAUAAAGGUCAGAUAACUGGUAA